AUGUGGUCUACUUUUUUUGUGACCGACGAGGAGGGCCGUACUAUCGGUCCGGCGGGGCCGGGAGGGGUGGCUGCACCGGGAGGAGCACCCCAGGGCGCAGCGGGCCUCUCCAGCCUGAUGACGGGACGCGGCGGGGGGAACAAGCGACGCAGGACGACGUCGACGGGACGCGGCAUGAGCGAGGCCCAGGAAGGGAAGAUCAAGUUGGCGUUCUUCGUGGCCAUCGUGGGCGUAGUCCUGACAGUCCUUGGGAUGGGCACAGAGUUCUGGGUGGAGCUGUCUCCCCCGAAGCAUUUCUACAACAACCAGACAUGUCUGACAGCUCACUACGGCCUGUGGAAGGGCUGCACAAAGACCUUGUGGGUGUCUGACAUCGACCCGGAGAGAGAGAGCUGUGGACCUGCCGAACUACCUGGAGAAUCAAACUGCACCUACUUCAAGUUCUUCACCACGGGGGAAAACAAGGUGAUGUUCCAGAAGACAACGAGAAAGAAUCUGAAUGUGGCGGCGGCCAUGCUGGCUCUGUUCAGCCUGUUCCUGAUGGUGAUGGGGGCCAUUUGCAUCACCAUGGCUCUCAGUAAAGAGAUCGUCUUCUUCCUCAAGCCGGCGUCCGUCUGCUUUAUCCUCUCAGGUGCUCUGGUGCUCGUCACUCUGAUGGUUUUCCACCAGUCCGUCCUGGCCUUCUUGGCCAGCGACCACACGGUUCCCCUCCACCACGAGCUGUCCUGGUCGGUGUCAUGCAUCGGCUGUGCGGGCGCCGUCCUCAUCGUGGGCGGCGUCCUCUUCCUGCUGCUGGCGCUGCCCUACAGCCCCUGGCGGAGGUGCCUCCCUCAGGGCAGCAGCAGCUAG